CCCCCCCUCCUCCUCCCCUCCUCCAACACACACACACACUCACACACACACAUACACUCACUCAGACUAGUGUCGGUGAAAAUCAUUUCCCUGGCUCUGUAUUUACACAUUUAGUCUUCACAAACUUUCCCCUCUCCAUUUUAACUUUUAACGGAGUCGCAGUGGAUUACCGGAUACCAGUCCGGGCGGAGGUAACAGGGGGGAAUGAACCGGGACAAAGGGUACGUUGUUACAAAUAUAAUUGUAUUUAUAUUCAAUGGUUAUUUGGAGUUUGCUUGUGAGUGAGUCGCCGUGCUGAGAGAGAGAGGCAGAGAAACAGUGGAGGGGAGAGAGAGAGGGAUAUCAUGGCCGCUCAGGUCGCCAGCGUCGCCACUCUUAACACUAGCCCGCCAUCCGAACUCAAAAAGCCGGAUCGGGACACACAGGAGGAGUCGGUACCGGGAGAGAAACAGCAUGAAAAUAAGGAAACGGGACCUGACGGCGGAUCUCCAGGCCAGAAGGAGCUACAGGACGGGACCGCUUCUGGAAAUGCUGGGGGAGGAGGGGAUCCUGACAUGAAGAACGGCAACGGAAAUUUACCCAGGAUAAAUAACAAUAGCAGUAACCAGAAUGAUACAGGCGGAUCCGAAGGGAGUAACCAUCCCGGGAUGGGUCAUCACCACCCUGGCCCCUUUCCUCCACCUCCUUACAAUUACAACCAGCACUACAACCGGGCCCCUUUUCAUCAAUAUGGCGGACAACAAAGCCCUGGCAUGGCAGCUGCAUCGGGGCCGGGCAUGAUGGACCCUUACCCCCCUAAUUCCCACGAACACGGCUACCACAACAGUUACAACAACUAUAACCAGUUUCAGAACAGGACUUCUUUUCAGGGCCAAGGAUACGGGGCCAUGAAUUCCCCGCGUAACAACCAGCCUCCGGCGGCUGGGGGGCAGCCAGGCAAGCAACAGCCAGCAGGAGGAACCACAGCUAUGGCUGCCUCUUAUAAUAAUCAGAGAUAUAAUAUGGGAAACCAACAGCCUACGUCUACACCAACUUUAAAUCAGCUUUUGACAUCCCCCAGUUCUGCUCGGAGCUACCCCAACUACCCCCAAGGAGACUAUAACAAUCAGGAAGGGGCCAACAAGGGACCAGGAGAUAUGGGUAGCAGUCAGUAUGGUGGGAUCCAUUCGGGUUGGCAACAAAGGGCCCACCAUCCACCUCCUAUGAGCCCGGGCAACACUGGACAACCUCCAAACAGAAAUCAGCCUCCAAGCCCAAUGGACCAGGUAGGGAAGAUGCGCAGCCAACCAUAUGGAGGACCCAACCCCUACUCCCAGCAGCAGCAAGGGCCUCCUACAGGACCUGGACCCCAGCAAGGAGGCUCUUACCCAGGACAGGGCUACGCAGCUCCUGGCCCUCAGAGGUACCCAAUGGGGAUACAGAGUCGCACACCUGGCGCCAUGGGAGGCAUGCAGUAUGGACAGCAGAUGUCUGCUUAUGGACAACAGGGUCCAGGAGGCUACGGACAGCAGAACCAAGGCUACUACGGUCAGCACGGUCCAUCACCUCACCCCAGCCAACAGCAGCCUCCGUACCCAAGCCAGCCCCAAGGAAGUUCUGGACCUCCCUACUCUCAGCAGGGCCACCCUUCUCAACCUCCUGGCCAGCAUGGGCAGCCAGGGCCCCCUUACCAACAAUCCCAAGGGCCCCAUGGCCCUGCUCCAGGCCAGCCUCCCUACAGUCAGCCCCAGCAGUCUCAGCCAGGACAGCCACCUUAUGUCUCUCCACAGCAGCAGCAGCUACAGCAGCAGCAGCCUCCUCAAACACAGCAGCAACAGGGUCCUGGUCCCCAAAGUCAGCAGGGCCCUCAGGGCCAAGCUGGGUACCCACAACCAGCCGGACCAGGGCAGCCACCACAACAGCAAGCCCCGCAGCAGCAAGGGCCACCACAGCAACAGCAGGGAGGUCCACCUCCUCAAGCCCAGCAACCUCCAGGUCAUGGCCAGCAGAGUCAGCCUUCACCUUACUCCCAAACACCCCCCUUGCAACAGCAGCAGCAACCACAACAGCAGCAGCAACAGUCACCAUAUCAGAGGUUCCCACCUCCAUCACAGGAACUCUCCCAGGAUUCCUUUAGCUCCCAGUCUAGUGCACCAUCUUCUAACCAGCCCAACAAGAGUGGUCAAGAAGACAGCAUGCAGGCACGGCCCUCCAGUCUGCCGGAUCUCUCUGGCUCCAUUGACGACCUGCCCACUGGCACCGAGGCGGCCCUGAGCCCGGGCGUCAGCACCUCAGGGGUGUCCAGCAGUCAGGGCGAGCAGAGUAACCCGGCCCAGUCGCCCUUCUCUCCACACACCCCGCCCCACCUACCAGGCAUACGUGGGCCCUCACCCUCACCCGUAGGAUCCCCUGCAAGCAUCACCCCUUCUCGUACCGGCCCGCUGUCCCCCGCUGCUGUGCCAGGUAAUCAGAUGCCGCCCCGACCGCCCAGCGUCCAGUCCGACAGUCUCAUGCAUUCUUCCAUGAACCAGUCAGCGAUGGGCCAGGACAGGGUGUACAUGCGCAACCCUCAGAUGCCUCCAUACGGGUCCCCUGGACAACCUGGCUCUGCCUUAUCCCCACGCCAGUCUUCAGGAGGCCAGAUGCAUGCUGGGAUGGGACCUUAUCCCCAGAACAAUGCCAUGGGAAACUAUGGCCCUCAGGGGGGCCAGUAUGGCCCACAAGGUUAUCCCAGGCAGCCGGGGUACACAGGGAUGCCCAAUGCCAACUACCCCAGUGGCCCUGGCAUGGGCAGCUCCAUGAACCCCAUUCCUGUUCCUGGUCAGGGCAGCGGGGGUCCGUAUGGAAACAUGCCGCCUGGUAGGGUCGGUCCUGGACAGAUGGGUGCUCGACCCUAUGGGCCUGGGAUGGGCUCUAAUAUGGGCAGCAUGCCUUCUCAGGUGGGUUCUGGUAUGUGCCCACCUCCCAGCAUGAACAGGAAGGACGGCGGCCCCACCAUGCAUCAUGGACCUUCAAACUCCAUACAUAACAGGCCACCGGGUUACCCUAACAUGUCCCAGGGCAUGAUAGGAGCAGGCUCUCCGUAUGGCCCAGGCAUGAACAGCAUGCAUGGAGUGAUGAACCAGGGAGGACCAGGGCCUUAUCCCAUGGGUGCGAACAUGGCCAACAACACUACCGGAAUGGCUCCUGGUUCUGAGUUCGGCAUGGACAAAAUUAACCCUGCUCAAAAGAUGAACAACAAAGUUGACGGGACUCCCAAACCGGAAUCCAAAAAGAAGUCAAGCUCAUCCACCAUCACCAAUGAGAAGAUCACUCGACUAUACGAGCUCGGCCCAGAGCCAGAGAGGAAGAUGUGGGUGGACCGAUACCUGGCCUUUGCCGAGGAGAAGGCCAUGGGCAUGAACAAUCUUCCCGCCGUGGGCCGCAAGCCUCUUGACCUAUUCAGGCUCUACAUAUCCGUCAAAGAGAUUGGCGGCCUCACGCAGGUCAACAAGAACAAGAAGUGGCGGGAGCUGGCCACGAACCUGAAUGUGGGCACAUCGAGCAGCGCCGCCAGCUCGCUCAAGAAGCAGUACAUCCAGUGUCUGUACGCCUUCGAGUGCAAGAUAGAGCGCGGCGAGGACCCACCGCCAGACUUCUUCAACACUGACACCAAAAAGAACCAGCCCAAGAUCCAGCCUCCGAGCCCAGCUGGUUCUGGAUCCCUCCAAGGACCCCAGACUCCCCAGUCCACCAGUAGCUCAAUGGCAGAAGGGGGAGACCUGAAGCCCCCAACCCCAGCCUCCACCCCUCACACGCAAAUGCCUCCGAUGCCUGGUGUCAGGAGUAGCGUUAAUCUGCAGGACCCCUUCGCUGAUGGCGGAGACCCAGCAUUUUCCAGAAAGAACGCCAUGACUCCCAACUCUCAGGGCUACCAGCCUGGGAUGGGCGGUCCAGAGAUGAUGAGUCGAAUGGGCCCUUUUGAAUCCAACAAGGACCCCUUUGGAGGCAUGAGAAAAGCUGGAGAACAGUUCAUGCCUCCCGGCCCCAACAGUGCAAUCGGGGAGCAGUAUAACCGAGGCCCACCAGGCCCAAUGGGCAACAUGCCGAUGGGCCAGAGACAACAGUACCCGUACGGGUAUGACCGAAGACAGGAACCAGGAAUGGGCCCUGAUGGCAACAUGGGGCCCGGAGCACCUCAGCCCAACAUGAUGCCUUCUGGUGCUGACACAGGGAUGUACUCUCCUAGCCGUCCUCCACCACAGCAACGACAUGAUUCCUUUACAAAUCAAUACUCUGGACAAGGAGCUCCCCCUGGUGGUCCAUACUCGAAUCAGCAGCCUGGAAUGUACCCACAGCAGCAACCCAACUACAAGCGUCCUGUGGAUGGAGGGUACGGUCCACCAGCCAAGCGCCAUGAGGGAGAAAUAUACAACGUCCCCUACAGUGGUCAGCAGCAACCUGGACCCCAGUCUUCAGGGCACCAGGGCCAGCAGGACAUGUAUAACCAGUACAAUGCAUAUCCCAGCGGAGAUCGCAGACCACCAGGCCCACAGAACCAGUUCCCCUUCCCCUUCGGACGUGACAGAGGACCUUCAUCCGCAGGCCCAAACUCCCAAUCCCCCAUGCCUCCGCAGAUGAUAAGUCCAAUGCCUUCUGGUCCUGAUGGCCCUCAGGGUCCGAUGUGGCAGGGACGCAACGAAAUGGGCUACCCCAACUACCCCAACCGUCAGGGACCUCCUGUACCAGGCCAGGGCCCCGGAUACCACGGCAUGAACCGCUCGGAGGAGAUGAUGCCAUCAGACCAGCGCAUGAACCACGAGGGACAGUGGCCCAGCCAUGUCAACCAGAGGCAGCCCCCAUUUGGCCCUGCAGGCUCCGGAGCACCUAUGACCAGACCUCUGCCCUCCACCUACCAGACUUCCCAGAACCACAUUCCUCAGGUGUCCAGCCCAGCUCCCAUGCCCCGUCCCAUAGAAAGCAGGACGUCGCCCAGCAAGUCGCCCUACAUGCAUCCCGGCAUCAAGGUGCAGAAAGCCGGACCUCCAGUGCCCGCCUCCCACAUCGGCCAGGCCCCCGUGCAGCAACCCAUGAUCCGGCGAGAUGUGGCAUUUCCUCCCGGCUCUGUAGAGGCGAGCCAACCCCACCUUAAGCCUCGCAGGCGGCUCACCAUGAAAGACAUUGGCACUCCUGAGGCUUGGAGAGUAAUGAUGUCACUAAAGUCAGGUUUAUUAGCUGAAAGCACCUGGGCCUUGGACACCAUCAACAUUUUACUGUAUGAUGACAACAGCAUCACUACUUUUAAUCUUUGCCAGCUGCCUGGAUUCCUGGAGCUGGUGGUGGAGUACUUCAGACGCUGCCUCAUUGAGAUUUUCGGCAUCUUAAAGGAGUACGAAGUGGGAGACCCCGGCCAGCGCACACUUAUAGACCCCAAUGCGGCUGAGGAUUCCGAUGAUGAAAUCCCCAUGCCUGAGGGCGAAGACAUGGACACGGACGAGGAGGAUGAGGAAGAGAAGGAGGUGGAGGAAACAAAGACCAGUCCAGACUCCUCCUCGCUGGUCCAGGUAAAAGAAGAGGAGGAGGAAAGCUCCCUGAGAGAUAAGAUGUCAGAGAAUGAAGAAGAAAAGGAUAGGGAGUCUUCUACCAAGGAAGCCAGUAGCUCUACCUCAGGGUCCUCCCAGGACCCCAACGUCCACUUGGAAAAGCCCAAGCAGGCUAGCAAAUUUGAUAAACUCCCCAUUAAAGUGGUGCGGAAGAAGAAUCCCUUCCUGGUGAACCACUUGUCCAAGCUUGGACAGCGACAGAGCUUCGACAGUGGCCUGAUACACUGGAGCAUCGGUGGUGGAGACACUACUGAGCACAUCCAGACCCACUUUGAGAGCCGGAUGGAUCUUCUCAAGCAUCGGAAACGUACACCGGCUGCAACUGAGGGACGCAAGAAAGUCCAGGCGGCGGUCACGGCAAUGGAGAACCUGGAGAAAUCGCAGUCCAGCGCGGAAGAGACAGCUCUACAGCAACAGCCCCAGUCCUCCGAACCUCACAAGUCUCCGACAGAGAAGAUCCCUCCUCCUCUUCCCAUUGGUGCGCCGGUCACUGCCACCAUCGAUGACGUGCUAUCCGCCCGUCCUGGGUCGGUCACGGAGGAAGUCGUCAGAGGAGGCGCCGAGGAGCAGAAAGAGAACGGGAAAUACCUCUUCAGCAUCAACCCUGAUCUUAAGAGCCGACGUAACAUCAAGAUCUUGGAGGACGAGCCUCACAGCAAAGACGAAACGCCACUCAGCACGCUGUCAGACUGGCAGGACUCGCUGGCGCGGCGCUGUAUCUGCGUCUCCAACAUCGUCCGCAGCCUUUCCUUCGUCCCCGGGAACGACCUGGAGAUGUCCAAACACCCAGGCCUCCUGCUGCUGCUGGGCCGCCUGGUGCUGCUCCAUCACAGGCACCCCGAACGCAAACAGGCGCCGGUCACCUACGAGAAGGAGGAGGAGGAAGACGAAGGCGUGAGCUGUGAGAGAGACGAGUGGUGGUGGGACUGCCUGGAGGUCUUACGAGAGAACUGUUUGGUGACCCUGGCUAAUAUCUCCGGCCAGCUGGACCUUUCCAUCUACCCAGAGAGUAUAUGCCUCCCGCUGCUGGAUGGCCUCCUCCACUGGGCUGUCUGCCCAUCAGCCGAGGCCCUGGACCCCUUCCCCACGCUCGGGCCCCACAGCUCCCUUUCACCCCAGAGACUGGUCCUUGAGACCCUCAGCAAGCUCAGCAUCCAGGACAACAACGUCGACCUCAUUCUGGCAACGCCGCCAUUUAGCCGCUUGGAGAAGCUCUAUGGCUCCCUUGUGCGCCUGGUUGGCGAGCGCAAGGUGGCCGUGUGCCGGGAAAUGGCAGUUGUCCUACUAGCUAACUUAGCCCAGGGUGACAGCCUGGCGGCACGGGCCAUCGCCGUGCAGAAAGGAAGUGUGGGUAACUUGCUGGGCUUCUUAGAGGACAGCUUAGCCGCCACACAGUACCAGCAGAGCCAGAGCUCCUUGCUACAAAUGCAGGGUGGUCCCCAGUUUGAGCCGACCAGCGUGGACAUGAUGCGGCGGGCGGCCCGGGCGCUGCACGCGCUCUCUAAAGUAGAGGAAAACCACUCGGAGUUCACUUUGUACGAGUCAAGGUUACUAGACAUCUCUGUGUCGCCACUUAUGAACUCUCUGGUGUCCCAAGUAAUCUGUGACGUUCUGUUUCUGAUCGGCCAGUCAUGACAGCCGUCGGGAGGUUUCUGCUCUGCCUCUCUCCGUUCCCCCCUCCUUAAAGCCUCCUUUUUUUCGUGUGUGUGGGUUUGCGUGUACGUAUGCGUCCGUUGGCACGUGAGCGAAGAGUAAAACUGACUUUUUUUUUUUCCUUUUUUAAAAAAUUUUAUUUAUGCAAAAUCACCUCGGAUUCCACUGUCUUUUUUUUACCCCUGCUUCUCACUAAAGGAAGGAAUAUCAUGAAGUAGCUGCAACGUGGAAAGAAACUGGUGGAGAAGAGCAGAUCGGGACCCAGGAAUAGGACAGAAUUUGUUUU